ACCCUGAUUUUUGUAGUUAUAAUACAACUGAAUUUUACUAAUUAAUCUGUGGUGUUUAUUUUACAAUAUUUAUUUUACGAAUUUAUGAAAGUAACGUUUGGGCAUUUUUGAUAAAAAGAAAUGACUUCAAAUUCUUCAGUGGAAAGCAUUAUCUCCAAAAACAACGUGAAGAUCUUUCCUGGAGCACUGGUCAGCAAGGAGACUGAGCUGCUGGGAGACAUCACAGUCGGAAGCAUGACCAUCGUUCACCCGAGUGUUAGAAUAAUCGCUGAGGCCGGCCCAAUUGUGAUUGGCGAAAACAACAUCAUUGAAGAGAAGGUGUGCAUAAUCAAUAGGCUGCCGCCAGACAGUGCGACACCCGCGGAUCCCCCGACCUUGACCAUAGGCGCCAGCAACGUGUUUGAGGUGGACUGUUGCAUCGAGGCCAGGAAGAUCGGAGACAACAACGUUGUGGAGUCCAAAGCCUUCGUCGGCAGGGACGUGGAACUGACGAGCGGCUGUGUGAUCGCGGCCACUUGCAGGGUCGAGUCCGCGGAGGUUAUCCCAGAGAACACCGUGAUAUUCGGGGAGAAGUGUUCCCGGAGGAAGCAGGCCGACCGACCGCCGGUGAGUAUAAGGCAGCUCGCUCGCCACUGCACUCAGCUCUCCGGAGUCGCAGCGGCUUUUACGUUGGCUUUACAGAUGAGGAACUUCCGAUUUGGUGAAUUUUAAUACAUAUGCGGCAUGCACUUUUUUUUUUGUGGAACUGUGGCAACUCUGAGAUAAAGCUUUAUCAAACUGUUUAUAUACAAGUUAAAUUAGUCUGAGCAAUCAAAAUUUAAGGCCGCUUGCACGGUCAUAAGUUGAAGCAAAGAGAGUUAUUUCACCAUUUGAUUCACCUGCUAAGUUUUUGCUUUAUUUGACUUAACCUUACUGCAUGGGCCCCAUAGUUUUAAAUAUCUCUAAAUUUCAAAAAAUUAGACCUGUGCAGUUCACAGAUUUUUUGGUUCCGGUUGUGGGUCAUUUUAAAUACCAGGCUCGAAAUAACCUUUUCAAAUCUUUGGUUUCGGUUAUCAGUAUUUUUGAUGCGUUUCUGUUACUUCAUGUAGUGAUAAGUUUAUAAUGUGGGAAAGGUAAACAAACACAUUCUUUCAAUGUGACCAAUGUCUCGCUAUGUAAUAACACACAAAAAAUUUAUGUCAUAGAGUAUAAUUUACAAUGAAUUUGGGGAGGGAUAGGAACCGAAAGACACCAUCUUAGUUUCAAUAAUUUUUGGGCCAUUUUCUUCGUUAGAGCACAGUAUAUUUAAAUAUAAUUCCGGAAGUUCAUAGUGACUGGCUGCUUAAAGCAUUUUAUUUCAAAUACAGUGUUUUCUUGUAUAAUCGUCGCACAUUUUAUUCUAAAAUCAAGUUUGAAAAGUAGGGGUGCGACAAUUGUGCGGAAAAAAUUUUUUGUUAUGUAAAGUUAUUCAUAAAAACAAAACCAGUUCAUGAAAAGUACGUUUAUUUAAAAAAAGGUGGAGUAUACAAUAGCACGCCAAACAAUCUAUAUAUAUUAAUAAUUCCGUAAACAAAAACCUUUCUUCAACUUUAAAUAGAAAAACCAAAACUCUAACGCGAAUGCAAGCCACUUGAAUCUGACAUGAACUAACGUGUCGUCGUACACACUUGCCACGAAAGAAUGCGGGCUAUCAAAUGUAGUAGACAAUCAGAUAAAGGAAAUACCGUUUAAAAACGUCUUUAUAAGAAAAUUUACACGUCAAACAACUUUGUAUUUUUCGUUAAUUUAUUAAGUAAGUGGUAAUGACCAAAAAAAUAUUAGAUUUCUACUUUAAAAUAUACAUUGUUUUAUACGGAAAAGAUACCUACACAAAACGCUUGGCAUCUACUAGCGGGACCAAAAACAUCAUGCGACGUUUACACGAGAAGUUUUUUUUAUCCCAAUUUUGACAGCCUAAAAUAUGGUUGCGACGAUUACGUGCGCGCGACCAUUAUGCGAUAAAACACGGUAAUACAGAAACACACUGUCAUAGCAUAAACACAGUUGAAACAAUAUGGCCUUUUUCAGUUCCUUUCAUAUAUUUGUGGUACUUUUUUUGCCAGUUGGAAAGUUAACGAUUUAUGGCCAUUUGUAGUAUUUGUACAUUAAAGACCAAUUACAAUAUACACAAAUUAUGCAAAUGACACAUAUAACGUUACAAGUAAAGUAUGUUAAAACUGUAGAUUAUAAAGAAAAAAUUAUGUAUGAAUAUUAAGAAAAAGAAAAAAUAUAAAA